AUGACCAUCUGCCUGCCGCACCUGUGGUUGAUCAUUGCGGCCUUACAAUGCAGCCUACUGACUGCUGCUGAGUCCAUCCUGUCACCAACGCUUGAAGACUUGAAGAUGCACGAAUGGGGAUGUGCCAUGUCGCAAUCUUGCAUUGAGAAGGCGAACUUAAGCUGGGGUCCACCUACCUGGAGGCUGGCAACAGUGCUCUCCGUGGUCCAGAGGAGCGCAGCUUGGCCAGGUGGCUUGCACGCCGGUCAGAGGCAGGAUCAGGAGCAGACGGAAGCUGCUGGCAAAGCCACAGCUGCUGCCUCCACGAAUUCCGUAUCUCGAUCUCAGAUAUCUCAGGCUGCAGAGCCCUUCCCCUCGGAGUCAGGGCGAAGGGGCCGAAAGCCUUCAAAAGAACUGCAGCAGGCGAUGAGCCUCGAUGAGGAGCUGGAGGCCCUUCUCAAGACAGUGGAGGAGCCGAAGAUUCCCUCGGCCACAAAGGAGCCUUUGCCUGUGAAGGAGCCGACAUCAGAGCCUUCCAAGGAACCUUCGAAGUCUGCAAAGGCCGCUGCCUCUGCAGAGAAGGGACCCGACGGGCAAGAGCGGUGCAGCGUUUGUGGGGCACAGUUCCAGCAGGGGCAGAGCAUCUAUGAAAGCACCAUCGCAGGCCUGAAGCAAGUGCUCUGUAGUGGAUGUUGGUCAGACGUAGCCCCACACUGCGUCGCUUGCGGCAAGCUGAUCUCAGGGCCCAUGGCCAAGGUUGGCGACGAUGCCUACCAUCAACAGUGUUUGAAAUGCGCGAUCUGCUCAAAGGUAAUAGACGGUGCCCUCUCCAAGCUGGACUGUGGUAUCUGCUGCGGUGCCUGCACAGAGGAAGUGGACAAGGACCUACGGGAACUGCGGCGGCUAUACUCGGCCGGCGACUUCGAGGGUGCCGCCCUCGUGGAAGGAAGCCUGAAGGCCCGCGGGAUCAAGCCGCCCGAGCUGAAGAGCCGAGACUUGGGCCGCUGCAGCUCCUGUCAGCUCCCUUUUAAGCCAGGGCAACAGGUCUAUGAGAAGGACGGGGACUCCAAAAUGCUGUGCGAAGCGUGCUUCCUUUCUGCCGCCCCUGCCUGCGCAGCUUGUGGCAAGCCAGUGGUGGGCAUGGUCGCAAAGUCCACCACCACCACCACCACCACUGGCAGCAGCAGCAGCAGCAUCAUCAACGUCAUCACCAUUAUCACAAUCAUCGUCGUCACCUUCAUCACCAUCAUGGUCAUCAUCAUGCUUAUCGGUAUCAUCAUGAGCGCUCGCAAAGGGAACAGUCUUUGCUUUGCCCAGUCUCGCCGCGAGAAGGGCCUCAGCUUCGAUCGCUGCUGCAAGGAGCCCACCGCGGACUGCUUCGAUGGACAGGUCCUCACCGAGUUGCCCGAAGCUGCCCGGGGGCAGGGCCAGAACAGGAUGGAAGGGAAUGAGGAGCCCAAUGAGGAGCAGCCGAAAGAGGCCACCAGUUAUUUCGCCUGGCUCGGGGCAACCGGUCGCCCAGAGGCUGAGAAGCCUGAAAAGAGCGGCGAGCAGGUGAAGGCAGAGCGCUAUGCCACUCAGAUGCUGGCUCUGGAUCGGGUGAUCUCCAACUGGCAAGCCAGGAGCAUAGACAAGAAGGGUGCGCUGGUACACUGCGACCACAUCCUUGAAAAUAUCAAGGCAAUCGGCUCUCUAGAUGGUGACAUGGCACGGACGUGCCUCAACGAUCGGGGCAUCAGCGACACCAGGCGUUUGGAACUGCAGACGGCUUAUCGAGAGCUGAAGCAGACCUGUGGACACAAGGCGCACACAGACCGCUGGGGCCAUCCGCAUUUCGGCAUGUCAGUCAGUGCCCCAUUGGGCCGCGGAAGCCUCCCAAAAGCAGCAGCCGUCCGCUUGCUGCUGAUCUCACCAUAUGCACUGAUCGAGCCGAUUCAGAUCGCCGAAUGGCGCGUCACUGACUCACCCACGGUGGAGAAAAGCUGGCGCGUCCAGACCAAUCUUCUUACCUUCCUUCGGCUACUCAUCUUGCAUCACUGCUGGCCACGAUUCGUCUUCGUCGUUUACUUGUUAAUUGGAUGGAUGCUUUACUUUAGCCUCACUUUAUGCAAGCUGCAGAGAUUGCUGGCCCAUCCUCCCACCUCCUACGCCUGCCGCCUUGACAGAUGUACCAAGACAUCUCUCGCUAGCUACAGUCAUGCUGCCGAAGUCAUGGACAUCGCUGCGCCGAUUUGCGAGUACAUCUUCCCCGGUGCGCCGGUGGAGCUCGAUGUCGAGGUGUUGGUCGAGCCGGUUCACUGCAUGGGUGACGACCUUUACCGGGAUUACUUCGAAGAGGUUCGAGUUCGGAUGGAAGGCAAGACCGCCGAGCAGACUAUGCAGGAUGGGAUUCUUGGCACGCGCGUGGAGUUGCUCAUAGCGAAUCAGGCGCCCGUGCUCACAGACAGCUGCGCAGAAGUUGCUCUGCUAGGCCGCAUCGUGGUCACCCAGCGCAUUUGCCAGACGUUGCUGCAGAACCCACUCUCACCUGAGGCACAAGACAAGCAAGAGAGGUUGAUUGCAGACGUUGCCGAAGUCAUGCCCAGCUUCACGGCGAACCAGGUGCUUGGCUACUUCACUGGCCUGCCCCAGUACGUCGUGUCAGAUCUCCUCUCUGGAGCUUGUGGCAAGAUGCUGCAGGCGGAUCGGGAAGCUGGCGAGUUUCGCGAGGUGCUAGAGCCGAUGUAUCGAUGGCCCCAGGCCUCGAUUGCAUCUCAGCCUUUGGAAGCUCACGGCCUCCGCUGCAAGGAGGCCGAGCCGGUGCAGGUCGGAGAGCAUGUCGAUGUGACCGGUUAUGACGAACUGCCGGUGUUUUUCGCAGACCUCGACCACCCGAUGCCGGCAGACGGCAGAAUCACCGACAUCAAGGUGAACGCAAUGCUGCAUGCAGAUGAGGGCCUGCGCCUGGACGUCAUCCUCCUCCGACCACAACGAGUUGACGGCCAUUGGCGCUUUGAGCGUCGCGGCGAGCUGGUGCUGAGCCGCAUUGUGUUGAGAUGUGGAGCGGAAGAUGAGGUUUCGGGACUACUGGAGGGCGAAUUGGAUGCAGGUGAUGCUUUGGCGCUGAGUUGGGCUUGCAGUAUGCGCGUCUUCGCUGUCCUCGCCCUUGCCAUGCUUGCCGGUGCCUCGCCACUGCUGCGCCCUCUGAGCCCCACGGCGCCAGAAGUGGCGUUGCCCAGCGCCCUGUGCUCGCCCUGCGUGCAGCUCGGCUCCCAGGGCAUCAACUUGCUGCUGAACUACCUUCUGAAUGCGGGUGUCGUGACGAGCUGCUCAAAGCUUUGCAGCCACCUGCCUGGCAAGGCGGAGCAGACUAUUUGCAACCUCGCCUGUGAUCUGGCUGGAAUCAAGGAGUUUGUGGACAUCCUGAACCACACGGACUUGGAUCCCAUCUACUUCUGCGAGCUCUUGACUCUCUGCCAUGCAGGUCCGGACGACGCAUCGGCACGCAUUAUGGACAUCCAGGCUUCGCCUUCGACCAUCUCCAAGGGCGAAACCGUGAAGCUUCUGGCUGAUGUCAACGUGACAAAGGCCCUCGGCGUAGGCGAGUUCCGUCUCGCCGUGCACGGCCCAGUCACUUCGCAUAUCUCGGAUGGCUUUCUCCUGCCGAAGGGCCUCACUGAGGGUGCUAUCCAGCUGGGUGCAGAGCUGAAGGUGAGGGAUGACACCUCCGGCGAUGAGCCUGUGAUCUGGCGUCCAGGCACCUAUACCUUCGACAUCCACCUUUGCCAGGGCGAGUGUGGCUCGAAGCACCCGCACUCAAAGGACUUCGGCACGGCCACGGGCAACUUCACCUUGAAGGCGAUCUUCCGUGUGGCAGCCAUGAGCUCAUUCCGGGUAUGCCGACAUCCCUCCCUAACCCUGGCACCAGGCAACUGCUCCACUUGCCGGACGGCCGAACUACCGAAGGACCACUCCUCUUUCCUGGCUGAGGUUCGGAAACAGGAAUACGGUGAUCUAGGCUCCGCGCUUCAUCGUUCGUACGCGUGGUCGGCCAAGCUCUUCCCCAUGCGCUGUGAGCCACAGCGUCAGCAAGAGUCGCCGGAGCUGCCUGCCAUGCGCCUUGCUCCGACGCCUCAGAUCUCACGGGCUUUCUGCAAUCCUACCACUCCUCAGGACCUUUGGGGAACUGAGUGGGACAAGCGGAGCUGCCGCUUUGAAGGGCUGUGCUACGACGUCGACAGCCGGAUCUUCGAAUUCUACAGCGGUGCCAGCGCCUCCGUGUCGCUUAGUCUGAGGGCCUGUAGAUGCGUGCUGUCCAAGCUCAUGGCAGACCUUUUCGUGGAAGAGGCUCGCAUGUCCCAGUCCGAGUCUGUGACGCAGGCAACGCAGGGCCCAACGCAGGCGUUCCCUGUGGUGUCACAGGACGACGUGGUGACCGGCCAUGCAUCAGUGGUCUCCACGAAGCUUGGUGAGCAGUUCGAGUUCAAGUUCGAAGAGAGCACGAAUCAGGCCUUUCUCGGGCGCUCGCCGGAUUGUGAAAUCCGGGCAAAGGACUCACAUGUGUCGAAGAAGCACCUUCGGAUUUAUCGUGAUGAGCAGUUGCGCUACUUCGUCGAGCAGCUCAGCGCUGCUGGGACUUUCAUCAAUGAGGACUACAUGAGGAAGGAUGAGCACCGCAGUCUCAAGCAUGGUGACACCAUCACAAUCGCCACAAAGCGCUCCGACGCAGUUCCUUUCGCAUCCUUCUUCUUUCGCGUGAGAGGCUCAAUGACGCAGAGCGGAGCUGUGGAGGCGGACAAAGAUGAGGAUGGAGAUGGUGAACUUCGGAAUUUGGUCACAGAUGAUUGGGUGAGGAAAAACUGGAGCCUCCGGGAGGAGUUGGGCAGUGGCCACUUUAGCUCCGUCCAGCUGGGUAUACGCAUCAAGCAAGGGAGGUUGGAAGCCUUGAAGCCUGGCUUGAGGUGUGCUGUGAAAAUCAUCGACAAGAAGACUUUCGUAAACUUCCAGGCAAAUCGCUCGUCGGGCGUGAACCUGAAUGAUGAAGCAGAGUUGAUGAGUAGCCUGCAGCACCCGAACAUCGUGUCAUGCUCCGAAUGGUUCCAGACACAAAAUCACAUGUACCUAGCUCUGGAGUGUGUCCCUGGCGGAGAUCUUCUGCACAACCUGAUGGAUGGAGGCUGCCUGACUGAGAUGCAGGCGGUGCGUAUCUUCCGCCAGGUCUGUGGCGCCGUGCAGUACCUCCAUGUCACGAAGUCUCUCGUACACAGAGACCUGAAGCCGGAAAACAUUCUCCUCACCAACAAGGACCGGGACACGAUGAUCCCCAAGCUUGCAGAUUUCGGGCUUGCGCGCAUCAACCAGAAGUCCAUGGACUGCCGCACAUUCUGUGGGACGCCACAAUACUUUGCUCCCGAGGUGAUUGGCACAGCCCAAGAACCCAGCACGGGCUAUGGCAAGCAGGUCGACAUGUGGAGUCUCGGAGUCAUUCUUUACAUCAUGCUGUGUGGUGUGCCACCUUUCGAGGAUGAGGGCCUCUACACACAGAUCCAAAAUGGCCGCUGGGAGUUCGAUGUUCCCCAGUUCUCGCAAGUUUCUGAGGAGGCAAAGAAUCUCAUCCGCAAGCUGAUGAAAGUGAACCCACGUGAACGCAUCAGCAUCCAAGGAGCCCUCAACGAGCCUUGGUUCCGCGUUCGCGAGUUCGCCACUCCGGCGCGCUCGACCAAGUCCCAUGCCGCAGACAUGGCCGUAGGUAAUACGGACGAGCCAAUGUCGAAGAGGCGCAAAUCAGAAGCCGGCAUGGUCAUUUCUUGA